UAUGACGUAUGCUCACCAACAACAUAUAAUGGUAGAGAGAGAAAACAAAUGAUUCUUGAUAAUUUUCGUCUUUGCAUGUAACCAAUAUUAAAAAAAGACCAAUAUGAAGACUUAGGCUCCAACUGAUGCAGCAGAAGCAGCUCCUAUAUGUACCGGCAAAAAACGAAGCUCGUGAAUCAGAUAUUUAAGAGUAUUUGGGGAAAAAAAUGAAAAAGAACACAAACGCUAUAAUGUUGUUUACAAUUAGAGAAAUGAUGGCAGGAGCAGGCUCUACACUUGCAGGCCUAAUGGUGGCUAAAGCCAUGUUUCAGAAUUAUUUCCCCUAUGACCUCCGAAGGCUAAUCAAGCGUUACAUCUACAAAAUCAUGAAUUUAGUUUACCCUUAUAUCAACAUAAGAUUUCCUGAAUAUCAAGGUGAUGGAUUUCAUCGCAGCAAAGCAUUUGCCACCAUCGAAAGGUACCUGAAUGAAAAUUCUUCAAAGCAGGCAAAGCAUCUCAAGGCCAACAUUGUACACGACAACCAGGUUAUAGUUCUUAGCAUGGCGGAUCACGAGGAGGUCACCGAUGAAUUUCAGGGCAUCAAGCUUUGGUGGACUUCCAACUGUGUCACUCCCAACAGGCAAUCCAUUUCAUUCUAUCCGACGGAGGAUGCCAAAAGGAAUUUAAUGCUCACUUUCCACAAGAAGCACAUGGAUAUCGUUUCCAGUUCUUAUCUGAAACAUGUUUUAGAAGAGGGAAAGGCUAUUACUGUAAAGGAAAGGCAGAGGAAAUUGUAUACAAAUAAUAAGAAUGAGAAUUGGAACAGAUUCGCGAGAAGCAACUGGAGCCAUGUGGCGUUCGAACAUCCAGCAACUUUUGACACUCUAGCUUUGGAGCCAAACAAGAAGGAAGAAAUUACAAAAGAUCUGAUCAGGUUUACUGAGGCGAAAGAUUAUUACGCCAAGAUUGGCAAGGCAUGGAAGCGAGGGUAUCUCCUCUACGGUCCACCUGGAACCGGAAAGUCCACCAUGAUCGCUGCCAUGGCUAAUCUUUUGAAAUAUGACGUUUAUGAUCUUGAAUUGACGUCCGUUAAAGACAACACGGAGCUGAGAAAAUUGCUGAUAGACACGUCGAGUAAAUCUAUUAUUGUCAUAGAAGAUAUUGAUUGUUCUCUUGAUCUUACAGGCCAAAGGGAGAAAAAGGAGGAGAAGAAGACGGAAGCAGAAAAGAAAGAAGAGAAGGCACAUCCAGUUAAGGCAGAGAUGAAGAAAAGGGAGGAAAAUAACAACAGUCAGGUUACAUUAUCCGGACUUCUGAACUUCAUUGAUGGGCUUUGGUCGGCUUGCGGUGGAGAAAAAUUAAUUGUGUUUACAACUAAUUAUGUGGAAAAGCUAGAUCCUGCUUUGAUUCGGAGAGGAAGAAUGGAUAUGCAUAUAGAAUUAUCAUACUGUAGCUUUGAGGCAUUCAAAAUUUUAGCAAAGAAUUAUUUGGACCUUGAAUCUCAUAAUCUGUUUGCCAGGAUUGAUAACCUCUUAAAUGAAACCAAAAUGACUCCUGCAGAUGUUGCAGAAAACUUGAUGCCCAAAUCAACUGAAGAUGAUGAGGAAGCUUGUUUGGGGAGAUUGAUCAAUGCUCUGGAGGAUGCAAAAACAAAGGCCGAGGAAGAAGCAAAGGCGAGAGCAGAGGAAGAAGCAAAAGCCAAGGAAGAAGAGAAGCUAAAGGCUGAGAAAGAGAAAGAUAAGGAGAAAGAAGCAAAUGGCAAAGAAGGUGUUGAAAUUACUAAUAGUGUGAAAGAAAAUGGAGAUGCCUCCCAUUGAAGAUAUGAUGUGAUGAUGAUCAUGUGGUAGAAAUGUUCUUUUCUUGCCCUGAAAAUGAACUAAAAAUAAUGCUAAUUGUGUCAUUUGCAGUCGGGGAUCUGGAUCAGGCAUCAUUGCAAUCUAAUUCUAUUCUAAAUAUUAUGCUCAA